AUGAUAAGACUGCUUCUUCUCCUCGCCAUCCCAGCAAUUUUUGCGUUCGAUGCUCAGUUCCAGUAUGGAUGCGGGGCGGAUUCUUGCAUAUACAAAUUCGUAAUUGAAGAAGAUAUCGCACAGUAUGUCGAUCCGAACGUGAUGAGGAACGAACUCGACAUGUUGGGACUAGCAAUUGAACGGCUGAACGAAUUGCAAGAAGGGAUCCCUGCGGCAAAUACAACCGCAUUUGAUGAGGCAUUCGAUCCAGCGUACAAUGAAACAGCCAGCGUUGUGUUAGACGUCACCGGCGCGGUCUCCGCGAAUCAGACCAACUUCGAAACCGCCUUACAAAAUGCCAUCAGUUCAAGCAACGACACCGAUUGUCUCGCCACCAAGACUAUCUGCUUUCAGUCUGCAGUUGACAGCAGCUCCUGUGGAAGUCUAUGUACCUAA